UGAACAUGCUGAUGGGUUACUCAAUCCUUACCACCAGCCCUAAAAUCUCAAGGUUCAACUUAUGUUAACAUCAGUUGGCCGCAGUCUCCAUAGGGUCAGGACAAGAAAGCCAUUGAACAUCAGCAAACAUGGGAGACUGGGGUUUUCUUUCCAAGUUACUGGACAAGGUGCAGUCUCACUCAACAGUCAUCGGAAAGAUAUGGAUGAGUGUCCUGUUCCUGUUCAGAAUCAUGGUCUUGGGUGCCGGAGCGGAGAACGUUUGGGGCGAUGAACAAUCUGGUUUCAUAUGCAAUACGCAACAACCUGGUUGUGAGAAUGUGUGCUACGACCAUAUCUUCCCCAUCUCACACAUCCGCUUCUGGGUCAUGCAGAUCAUCUUCGUCUCCACUCCAACUCUUCUAUACCUGGGCCAUGCCAUGCAUGUCAUCAGCCAGGAGAACAAACUGAGAGCCAUACUGCAGAGCCAAGUUGACAAUGGCACGUUGAAGAAGCCCAAAUACAGCAAUGAAGCAGGGAAGAUCAAAAUUAAGGGGAAUUUGCUGGGUAGUUACAUGACCCAGCUGUUCUUUAAGAUCAUAAUAGAGAUCGCUUUCAUCGUGGGCCAGUACUACCUGUAUGGGUUUGUCAUGGUCCCCAUGUUCCCCUGCUCCAGAUCUCCCUGCCCCUUCACUGUCGAAUGCUACAUGUCCCGUCCUACAGAGAAGACCAUCUUCAUCAUCUUCAUGCUGGUGGUGGCCUGUGUGUCUCUGGCACUGAAUGUGAUUGAGGUGUUCUAUCUGCUUUGUAGAAGAUUAAGAUGUGGUGGCUCCAAAGGCCGCAAUUAUCACACUACCUCAACUGCGAACCCAGCCACCCUCCCACCCCCUGCGUGGUCUGGUCGCGUGGAUACUGAGAUGGACACCCUGAGACAGAACAAGAUGAAUCUGGAGUUUGAGAGUGGCCAGAGUUUAGGUGGUAGUCUGGAUGCUAAGGAAGAGAAAAAGUUGCUGGGUGACCACCACUAAAACGCUUGAAAGUUAAUUUGCCGUUAAUGUAUCUUAAUCUUUUGUAUUGUUGAAAAUCUGAAUGAAUACACUACCUGUUUUGUUUUCUUAUGUUUAUUUGAUAAUAAUAAUAUAAUAAUAUGCCA